UCCCGUGUACUGCAAACCACAUCACACACUCCCAUCCCACCUCCACCACCGCGGUACGUACCGUUUGCGAUCAAAAGAAAGUCGAGCCAUAUGGCGAAGGCCGCAGCGAUGCUCGUGCUGGUGGCGCUAGUGGUGGCGGCGAUGGCAACGGGCGGAGCGGCGCAGUGCAACGCGGGGAGCCUGGCGGUGUGCGCCUCCCCGAUCAUCAGCGGGGCCAAGCCGUCGACGACGUGCUGCAACAACCUAAAGAGUCAGCGGGGGUGCUUCUGCCAGUACGCGCGCAACCCCGCGUACUCCAGCUACAUCAACAGCCCCAACGCCCGCAAGACCCUCACCAGCUGCGGCGUCGCCGUACCGAAGUGCUAGUAGCCGGGCCUCCACCGCCGCCGGCGUGCUAGGCAGCGCCACGCUGCCUAUUGCUACUAGUACUACGUAAUGUACUACUACUACGUACGAGCUCCUACCAUGGCUGCUGGUACGACGUCGGUCGAACAGCUCCGUCCGAACCGUGUGUUCAUGUAUCUUUUUUUCUCUCCAAUACAAUCGUGUGUUCAUGUAUCGUAUGCAAGAAUAAAAUGGUGUGUACGUGUUGAUCCAGCCUCUGCGUAGUUUGUUACUCAUUUCUCAAUUCUGAUCGAUAGAUGUCGAUCGAUCUCGUGUAAUUUCUGUACCUCCGACAAUAUAUAUCCGCAUCUUAACAAAAA